AUGGACCCGAUUCAAGAAGCGAUUGCAGAAAUUGAACCGCACGAACCAGGAGAGCAGUUUCCGUACCUUCAAGAUAGCCAAGGGAUACUCAAUACAGCCAAUGGAGACUUCUUCCCGCUCUUCUGGAGGUCCUUUGAAGCAACUGGUAUACACUCACCCAACUCAGAGGUUGUACUCGAAAAGUUUGCUAAGGAGAGAUCAGAGUCAGAAGGCAAUUCGACCUCUCUACUUUCCAGCGAGGAUUGGCUCAAGCUGAAGUUAAUUGUACGCCGUGAGGUGAAGGAUCAGAGCAGCAAGGACGUUAAGAAGCUUCAACGAAGUUUGCACCACAUUGCAACACAAAAUAAACUCCUCCUCGGCGAAGUUAGACGCCUCAGGCAGUCCCUAGCCAUCAAGAAGAGGCGAGAAACCAAAUCCUAUACCCUACAGCUUAAGGAUCAUCCUAAGUAUUAUCGAGGAGCUGUUUGGUCUCCCAAAAGCGUGAAAAGAGCUCGGGAUGAUAGGGUAUCACAACAACAACAAGCCGCGAAGAGUGUUAAGCGGGAGAAACGUCAGGAGGAGAAGAGGAAGGAGGACGCUGCAAAACUGGCCAAGAAAAGACACCAGGAGCUCAUUAAGGGAAGGCUUUUUCGGCCAACCCCAAGUACUAUUCGGCCAACCCCAACAGAUCAGACGAGAUGGAAGGUCCCUGAGGCACCAAAAUGCGGUCAGAAUAAUUUAGUUUAUCGACACCUUUAG